UUCCGUCGAUCCCUCUCUGUGUCCGUUUUUGAGCUUCUCUCUACCCCAACCCCUCACACACAAGCGCCAGAGCUCGGGAAGCUCUCGCAUUCGUUGACCACCAUGAAGGUCGCCGCCUCUGCGCUCCUCGCUGGAGCUGCCUCGGCCGCUGUCGCGCCGCAGCAGCAGGUUUUCAAGCUUCCUGAACAGCUGAAGCACCUCAACACAGAGUCAUGGAUGAAGCCUCUCCAGAACCUGGAGGAGUCGCUCAAAUCGCUCACUGGCGAGGCCCGCCGCGUGUGGGAUGAGGUAGCACUCAUGUUCCCCGAGCAGUUCAACCAGGCCUCCUUCCUCUCCAUGCCGAAGCCACACACGCGCCGAGAGGACAGCGAGUGGGACCACAUCGUCAAAGGCGCUGAUAUCCAGAGCGUGUGGGUCGAGAACGCUCAGGGCGACAAGGAGCGUGAGAUCGACGGCAAGCUCGAGAACUUCGACCUGCGCGUUAAGAAGGUCGACCCGAGCGUCCUGGGCGUCGACAAGGUCAAGCAAUACAGCGGCUAUCUUGACGACAAUGAGGAGGACAAGCAUCUCUUCUACUGGUUCUUCGAGUCCCGCAACGACCCAGAGAACGACCCCGUAGUACUAUGGCUCAACGGUGGCCCUGGUUGCUCUUCGCUCAUGGGUCUCUUCAUGGAGCUCGGCCCCUCGUCUGUCCAGAAGGACGGCAAGGUUAAGUUCAACGACUUCUCGUGGAACGCAAACGCCUCGGUCAUCUUCAUUGACCAGCCCGUCAACGUCGGCUACUCAUACAGCAGCGGCUCCGUCAGCAACACGGUUGCCGCUGGCAAGGACAUCUACGCUCUGCUCACGCUCUUCUUCAAGCAGUUCCCCGAGUAUUCCCACCAGAGCUUCCACAUUUCGGGUGAAUCCUACGCUGGCCACUAUAUUCCCGUUUUUGCUUCUGAGAUUCUUUCACACAAGAAGCGCAACAUCAAUCUGCAGUCCAUCCUCAUCGGUAACGGUCUCACUGAUGGUCUGACUCAGUACGAGUACUACCGUCCUAUGGCCUGCGGUGAAGGUGGCUGGCCCGCUGUCCUCGAUGAGAGCCAGUGCCAGUCUAUGGACAAUGCCUACCCCCGCUGCGCUAGCCUCAUUGAGAACUGCUACAACUCCGAGUCUGUUUGGAGCUGUGUGCCCGCCUCAAUCUAUUGCAACAACGCUAUGAUUGGCCCGUACCAGCGCACUGGUCAGAACGUCUACGAUGUCCGCCGUCCUUGCGGUGACAACGAUCUCUGCUACGAUGAGAUUGAUUGGAUCAGCUCUUACCUCAACAAGAAGGAGGUCAUGAAGGCCGUUGGUGCUGAGGUCAACUCCUACGACAGCUGCAACUUCAAUAUCAACCGCGACUUCCUCCUCCAGGGUGACUGGAUGAAGCCUUACCACCGUCUCGUUCCCGGUAUCCUUGAGCAGAUCCCCGUGCUCAUCUACGCUGGCGACGCCGACUACAUUUGCAACUGGCUUGGCAACAAGGCCUGGACCGAAGCUCUUGAGUGGCCCGGCCAGAAGGACUACGUCAAGGCUGAGUUUAAGGACCUCAAGCUCGGAGGUGAUGGCAAGAAGACUGGCCAGGUCAAGUCGAGCGGCAACUUCACCUUCAUGAGGCUGCAUGCUGGGGGCCACAUGGUGCCAUACGACCAGCCGGAGUCCUCGGCUGAUAUGCUGUCCAGGUGGUUGUCUGGUGAAUUUUGGGCGUAAAGCGACUCAAAUGACCCACCUGAUGUACUUAGUGGCGGCGUGAGCAGAUUGAAUGACCGUAUCUGGGUUUGAUACUGAUCGAGGCUAUCUUCAGUUAGUAUAGGAUGCAUUGGGGGCGUUAGGACAUGCUGUUGCUUCAAAUGUACAGUACCGAGAUUGGACUCUUUGGUUACUAUGGAAGCCCAUAAGAAUAAACAAAUACAGCCAUCAGACUGCUUUUUGAUCGCAACAUGAGAAGUCGACCAAACGACAUUCCCUGGUUCGAGCUCCAAGCGUUCUAUGAUUGGGGUUAAUAUCGUCAAUCAUGAAUACAUUAGUCGUUCAGCGUGUGCGCAAAUGGCCUUG